AUGGCCACUUUAAUAUCAGCAAUAGCAUGGGUCAAGCGAGGUGUAGCGGCAGAACACCCCCAAAAGUACAAUCCGGAUGAUGAAGAGCUCGCAAGAGUGAGCGAAUUGACCCGAGAAGAACUAAAAGACGCAAAACUGGACCUCGAGAAUAUGGGUAAACUCGCAGAGGAGAUGGGAGUAGGAAUAGAUGAGGAAGAUCAUGAAGAGGAUUGGGAGGAUGAAGUAUCAAAUGAUGAUAAAGAUUCUGAUCAAAUGGAAGUGGAUGAGAAGCCGGUUCGAAAAAAAGAUCCAAAUGAUCUAGCAGAAUACAAGCUAGACGAGUACGACGACGACUCGCCUACCAAAGGUGGUGGGUUGUUUUCGAAUAUCAAGGGUCUUACUUACUACAAGGAUAACGAAGAUGAUCCCUAUAUCACCCUUAAAGAAGUACGUAAUAUUCAGCCCAUUUUGGGUAUCGAACUCAAUGCCAUCUGUGAACAGGACGACGACAGCGAAAAAGAAGAGCUACAAGUCUAUUCAUCCGACAACCUUUUGGUCGCCGCACGAACAGAAGAUGAAGUAUCCCAACUAGACAUCUACGUCUACGACGAAAACAACGACAACUUGUACAUCCAUCACGACCUCAUCCUCCCCUCCUUACCACUCUGCCUCGAAUGGCUCGAUUUCCCACCCUCUAGCUCCAUCGACUCUCCCUCCAAACCAGGCAACUAUAUCGCAGUAGGCACAUUCGAGCCCGAAAUCGAGAUAUGGUCGCUGGACACCGUCGAAGGUCUCUUUCCCGACGCCCUCCUGGGGCGACCCGACAAGACCAAAGCGCACGUCCCCAUUCCACUCGGCACGGGCAAGAAGAAAAAGAAGAAAACAAAAGCGAGAGAACCACCGAAACCUUCUGGCGAGUGGCUCAGCCGACAAGACGGUCAAGUUGUGGGAUUUGUCGAGGGAGCCGACGGCGGGCGAGAGUGGGUUUCUUCUGCGGUUAUGGCCACGCUGCACCCCUUCCAUCAGGCACUUCUCAAGCUUCCUCAGCCAUCCCAAGCGUUUUUUCCCGAACGUCGUAACUUGUCUCAGUAA